AUGCAGCUGCUCCUGUUCCUGAUGGCCUUUCUCCUACCCCCCGGGGCUGGGGCAGGGGAGAUCAUCGGAGGCCAAGAGGCCAGGCCUCAUUCCCGCCCCUACAUGGCUUUUCUUAUAAUCCAGACUCCAGUGGGGUACAGCACCUGCGGGGGUUUCCUGGUGAGAGAAGACUUUGUGCUGACGGCAGCUCACUGCUGGGGAAGUCCUAUCACCGUCAUCCUGGGGGCCCACAACAUCAGGAGGGAGGAAAGAACCCAGCAGCGCAGGUCUGUGCUCAGAGCCAUCCGCCACCCUGAAUACAAUCAACAGAGCAACGUGAAUGACAUCAUGUUACUGCAGCUGGAAAACAGAAUCCAACAGAGUGAAGCUGUGAGGACAGUGUCUCUGCCUCAGGCACAGGCCAGACUGAGACCUGGGGCCGUGUGCACCGUGGCAGGCUGGGGCCUGGUGAGCCUGAGCAGGAGUACAAACAGACUCCAUGAGGUGCAGCUAACCGUGCAGAGGGAUAGCAGGUGCCGCGAUCGCUUCAGUUUCUACACCGGCCAAACACAAAUUUGUGUGGGAAACCCAAGUUCGAGGAAGUCCGCCUUCCUGGGGGACUCCGGAGGCCCCCUGAUAUGUAACAAUGUGGCCGAGGGGAUUGUCUCCUAUGGAGACAGGAGGGGGAUUCCUCCCGCAGUCUUCACCAGGGUGUCCAGCUUCGUGAACUGGAUAACCAGAACAAUGGAACGCUUCAAGCAGCAGAACCAGACCUGGACGCCGCUGUGA